UCCAGCUUAAUUAUCCUCCACUAUCGUCACUCCCAAUCCUUCUCCCCUCUUUAUCUCCAAUAAUAGGUUAUUAGUUCCCUCUCUACCCCCUGCUUAUCGAAUUAAUCGCUAACGUCCGAUCAGUUCCCUGCCGUUCCGGCGAUACGAUUUCGAUGACAAGCAAUUUUGAAUCUUUGAUCCACCGAGGUUGGAAUUCCUCUCGAACUCAAUUCACAAUUCAGUACAAUUUCUCUCCGAUCCUUGUUUCAGAUCCGUUUUAAUGUGAAGUUUUUGAAGAAAUUUGUUCUUUUAGAACAUUGUAGGGGUGCUAAUCCAUGCGUUUGGAUGAAUUGAAGCUCACAGUCGGUGCCCAAUCAAGAGCGGAUUCUGUUUCAAUUGUUGUUAGCGUAUUAGGCUGCAAUCUAGGGUUAGGGUUUGUUGUUUGCAUUGGUGAGAAAUGUUUAAGAAGAUCAUAAAGGGAACUGGACAUCGCAAGACCUCCAAAUCGGACGGGAAUGAUUCGUACGGGUUUGGGCCACCCGGCACACGAAAUUCGGGGUCCAAUGUGGUGGUUAACCACGCAUCCCGGACGGGCCCAAAUUCUGGAAAUAUAGUGCCAACUGCGACGGCAACACCACCCAUGGUCUCCGUGGAGCCCCUUCCCCUGUUUCGCGAUGUGCCAGUCUCGGAGCGACAAAUUCUUUUCCUGCGGAAGCUGCAGGUUUGUUGUUUCCAAUUUGAUUUCUCUGAUACAUUGAAAUCUGUCCGUGAGAAGGAAAUUAAGAGGCAGAGUCUAAUGGAAUUGGUGGACUUUAUUCAAUCUGGGUCGGGUAAAAUUACAGAGACUUGUCAGGAAGAGAUGAUAAGGAUGGUCUCAGUGAAUGUUUUCCGGUGCUUGCCUCCUGCGUCCCAUGAAAACACUGGGCAAGAGAACAUUGAUCCCGAAGAGGACGAACCUUAUUUGGAGCCGUCAUGGCCCCAUUUGCAGCUUGUUUACGAAUUGCUUCUAAGAUAUGUUGUGUCAUCUGAUACAGAUACCAAGAUCGCUAAGCGGUACAUUGAUCACUCCUUCGUGUUGAAACUGCUUGAUUUGUUUGAUUCUGAGGAUCCUCGUGAGAGGGAGUAUUUGAAAACAAUUUUGCAUCGGAUUUAUGGUAAGUUUAUGGUUCACCGCCCCUUUAUUAGGAAGGCAAUUAACAAUAUAUUCUACCGAUUUAUAUAUGAGACUGAGAGGCACAGUGGAAUUGGGGAGCUUUUGGAGAUCCUUGGGAGUAUUAUUAAUGGUUUUGCCCUGCCCAUGAAAGAGGAGCAUAAGUUGUUUCUUAUUCGGGCAUUGAUACCACUCCAUAAACCAAAACCGGUUUCUAUGUAUCAUCAGCAGCUGUCUUACUGCAUUACACAGUUUGUUGAAAAAGAUUAUAAGCUGGCAGAUACGGUUAUAAAGGGGCUGUUGAAGUACUGGCCUGUGACCAACUGUCAGAAGGAAGUUCUCUUCUUGGGAGAACUUGAAGAAGUUCUCGAGGCUACACAGUCUGCGGAAUUCCAACGCUGCAUGGUUCCUCUCUUCCGACAGAUUGCUCGCUGCCUUAAUAGCUCCCAUUUUCAGGUUGCUGAACGAGCCCUCUUUUUGUGGAAUAAUGAACAUAUAGUGAGCUUGAUUGCACAAAACCGGAAUGUCAUAUUGCCAAUUAUUUUUGAGGCAUUGGAGAAGAAUAUCAAGAGUCACUGGAACCAGGCAGUUCAUGGGCUGACCGUCAAUGUUCGGAAAAUGUUUUUGGAAAUGGAUACUGAAUUGUUUGAAGAUUGUCAGAACCAGUAUACAGAGAAAGAAUCCAGGGCCACUGAGGUGGAAGAGCUGCGGGAGUUGAAUUGGAAGAGACUGGCGGAUGUAGCCGCACAGAGAGAGGGUGUGGAUAUGGUUUCAAUUUAACUGAUUAUUCAGAGGUUCAAACGUUCAACUGACAUAUAGGAAGGAUUAAGGAAAGAUGAGGCAGGUGCUGCUCCCCCAUUUUGGUACUAUUCAUUUUUUUUUAUUUUUCCCUUUUAUUUUUUUUUUAUAUUGAUCCAAUUAUUGAAGAUUUUUAGAAGCAGCUGCAGCUAUAAAUGUAAUCUAUAAUGUAUGCAAUCUGUUAAAAACAGGCUGCAGAGCAAGGAGGAUAGUGAAUUUUCUCCUUGUAAUUUUUGUUAUCUUUUAUCUUGUGUACCCAUUUGUGGGAAAGUAAUGAAUUUCCUGAUUCAACUUUGGUUGAAAUUGUACUUUCAUCUGUUCAUUAGAUAA